AUGUCAUCCGGAGUUGCUGGUUGUACUCAAAUCGCUUCAAAGAGUGUAGAGGGUCGCAUGGAGGCUCAAGUGCAGCUCAUGAAGAGUCAAAUUGACUUCCUACAUGAUGCUUUGGCCGAGGUUAAGGAGGCAAACCGAGACUUGUCUCAAAUGCUUUCAAAUCAGCAAGAUAAAGCUAUGGUAAGUUUUGAGAAAAUUGCUGAAAAUUUAAGAGUCUUAUGUGAUCGUUUUGAAGUUAAACAAGUACCCUCGUAUGCUGGAAUGUUGCAAGUGUCAUUGCCUUUGUUUUAUGGUUGUCAUAGAGAAUAUGAUACUUGGGAAAAGAGCAUAGAGAAUUUGUUUGUGUUGCUUAACAUAGAGAAAGAGAGUGAGAAAAUAGCCUUAGCUAUAGGUUGUUUUCGUUCUAAUGCUUUGAAUUGGUGGAAGCUAGUUUCAAAUAUCUAUUCGCAUUAUUGGUAUCGUAAUUUGGAUAAUUGGAAUGAUUUGAGAAGUGCUUUCCGAGAAAGAUAUGCUGAAGUGGAUGAGAACGACUACAUGUUGACAGACCGUUUCCACUAUCGCUUGGACAAGUGUUUCAAACAACAUCCAAAGAUAAGGAGACAAUCAAGGCUCUUUGAGGCAUACUAUGCUGCCUUAGAAGUGGAAAGAGAGCAUGAUACUUCUUGUGGUUGGAAUGGUCCAAUUGAGGAUCAGGGGCCAAUCAAGGAAGAAAGGAUGGAUCUUGACUACCUAUGUGAUAGGGAGUUGGUUCAAGAGAGCUAUGAUCAAGGUAAUGAGAAUGUCAUUAACUUUGGGGUUCAAACCAAAGGAGAUGAAGACCUCAUGGAAAUAAGUGCUGAAGAGUAUCAAGAGAGUUUGACUCUAUGUGCUCCAUGA